AAAACUCCACCCUCUCUCUCCCUCACAGUGGCUCUGUGUUCCUCUCCCCACCAAACCUAAUGGCUUCGGCUUCGAUCUGAUCAAACCCACCUCGGAAACCCCUUCUUUGAUUACCAUCUUCAGCAACCCAAUUCGGAGACUGCUCGGAUCGGGACCUCUCGGAGAUUCGGAGCUCCAGGUGGUAGCAAAUUAGCGAUGUCGACUCCUGCAAGGAAGAGGCUGAUGAGAGACUUCAAGAGGCUGCAACAGGACCCGCCUGCAGGGAUUAGUGGGGCUCCCCAUGAUAACAAUAUAAUGCUGUGGAAUGCUGUUAUAUUUGGUCCGGAUGAUACUCCUUGGGAUGGAGGCACGUUUAAGUUGACUCUUCAGUUUACCGAGGAUUAUCCGAACAAACCACCAACAGUCCGAUUUGUUUCUAGAAUGUUUCAUCCAAAUAUUUACGCGGAUGGAAGUAUUUGUUUGGAUAUUUUACAGAAUCAAUGGAGUCCUAUAUAUGACGUGGCAGCUAUCCUCACGUCUAUCCAGUCGCUACUAUGUGAUCCGAACCCAAACUCUCCUGCAAAUUCAGAAGCUGCUCGCAUGUUUAGUGAGAACAAGCGUGAGUACAACCGAAGAGUGAGGGAAAUUGUGGAACAGAGUUGGACAGCAGACUAACCCCAUCAUGGGAGAGCUUGUAGGACAGUCCGAAUUUGUUCGAAGGUAUCUUAUGAGUAGCAUUGUUACUCUGAGCAUCAUUGUGCAAACUUAUCAACAUUUAUCCUGUAUUUUCAAUGUUUUCUUCCCUAAUCACGACGCUUAGGACUUGCUUUGUCUUUUAAGAAUAUGUCUUGCUAGUUGCCACUGGUGAAGCUCAUGUAAUAUAGUGUUGUGUAUCAUUUGCAUUGGUUUGUUAUGAACUUGGGUCGGAAUUUGAAAUGAAAAAAUAGCGGUUUACUGCAA